AUGAAGCUCUCCCUUGGUGUUUUGUGUACAUCGCUGCUCGGUGCAGAGGCGGCGGCGGCAAGACGACCUCAACUGACACCAGAAGCCGUCGCGGCUGAUGUCGAUUGGAUCGGGCUCAAGAACGUACUCGGCAACUUGUACACGAUUGCCAAGAACCACGGCGGUAACCGCGCCUUCGGCUUGCCCGGCUACCGUUUCUCAAUGGACUAUGUGCUCCAGCGGGUGCGGAUACGCUUUGACAAAUAUUUCCAUACAGAGGUGCAAGAAUUUACCCAACUGUACUACCAGUUGAAUGAAAUCUCCCUCGCGGGUCCGGAGGGUCAGGACAUCCCCGUCUUCUCCAUGAUUUACAAUGCAGCAACACCUCGGCCGCACGGAAUAACAGCGCCGCUCAUCAACAUACCGGUGGAUGAUGACCGCGGCUCGGCAUGUUUUGCAGACCAGUGGAAUGGCAUCGACGCCAGCGGAAAGAUUGCCCUCAUCAAGCGUGGCAAGUGCAGCGUCGACGCCAAGGCCAAGCUCGCCACCGCCCACGGCGCCCUGGCCGUCAUCAUCUACAGCGAGGCGGGCGGGAUAAACUACCCCGCCUAUCUCACCGCCGAGAAUGCCGGCAAGCUGGUCCCCAUCGGCGGCGUCGGGGCCGGCGUGGGCUCGAACUGGAGCCAGCGCUUGGCGGCUGGAGAGCAGCUCAAGGUCAGGCUCAUCGUGGACGCCAUCACCGAGCCGAGGCGGUGCUGGAACAUCAUCUCGGAGACGAGAGAGGGUGACCCGAACAACGUCGUCCUCAUCGGCACCCACUUGGACAGCGUGCCGACGGGGCCGGGCAUCAACGACAACGGCAGCGGCAUCGCCGCGCUGCUCGAAAUGGUCAACUCCUUCAGGAAGUUUACCGGGCUCAAGAAUAAGAUUCGCUUCGCCUGGUGGGGAGCGGAAGAGGUCGGCCUGGUAGGGUCCAGCCAUUACGCCUCGAGCUUGAACGAGACCGAGGCGGACAAGAUUCGGCUCUACAUGAAUUUCGAUACCAUCGGCAGCCGCAGGCCCAACUAUACCGUCGAGGCGAAUGACGAUGCCGAUCGUAUCGCCGCAGCUCCGCUUCUCGAGCACCUCCUCCUGCACGGUGGCCUGCCGGCGAAGAUUGUUCCGUAUUCUCCUAUGUCGUCCAAUUAUUACGGCUUCAUCAAGCUAGGCAUCCCGACCACCGGCAUCACGGCCGGUACCAUGUUUCCGCUCGACAACCCGCCCGACCCCUGUUUCCACGAGGCCUGCGACGACAUCGACAACGUCAGCCAGCAGGCCGUCGUGGCCAACUCCAGGGCGGCCGCGUACGCCGCCGCCAAGUUCGCCCUCAGCCUCGAUGGCGUUCCGGCGAGAAAUAAGACGACGGCGAUGGCGAGGGCGGGAGAGACGCUACAGCUUCCAUACUGGUGA